GGAAGUAAUCAUGACAUUCAUUUUGCUUAAAUACGGAUAAUCAGUAGUGAUUUGCUAUCAGUUUCAAUCCACAGAACCAAGCACACACAGCACAGUUCAAAAAUCAAACACAGACAAAAUGGCAGCUAAGAUGAUCGUUUUCGCAGCCUGCGUGGCCGCCGCACUCGCCGACUACGCUGCCCCGGCUUACCCAGCACACCACGCUUACGCCGCUGAACACUCAGCCCCGACCCCAUACAACUUCGAGUACAGCGUAAGCGACCCACACACUUACGACGUCAAGAGCCAAUCCGAACACAGUGACGGACACGGAAACGUCAAGGGAUCGUACAGCCUUUUGGAAGCCGACGGUUCCACCCGCGUCGUCGAAUACACCGCCGAUGACCACAGCGGUUUCAACGCUGAAGUCAAGAAAAUCGAAGGACACGGACACGGUUACAGCGCACCCGCUUACAAAUCCGCCCCGGCCUACAAAUCCGCACCGGCUGUAUACGCCGGACACUCAUACGCCGCCCCAGCUGCAUACGCUAGCCACUCGUACGCCGCCCCAGCUGCAUACGCUAGCCACUCGUAUGCUGCCCCAGCUCACUCUUACGCUGCUCCAUCCACAUACGCCGGACACUCAUACGCCGCCCCUGCUGCAUACGCUGCACACUCUUACGCCGCCCCAGCUGCAUACGCUAGCCACUCAUACGCUGCCCCAGCUCACUCUUACGCUGCUCCAUCCGCAUACGCCGGACACUCAUACGCCGCCCCUGCUGCAUACGCUGCACCUGCUGCAUACGCUGGACACUCGUACGCUGCCCCAGCUCACUCUUACGCUGCCCCAGCCGCAUACGCCGCACACUCUUACUCCGCCCCGGCUUACAAACCAGUUGCAUACAAGGCAUACUAAUAAUUUUCGUUUCAAAAACUCAACAAAUUCAAUUUUUUACAAUGAGCUGCAUUUUUUGUCAUAGAAAUCAGCUUUUUGUUAUUUCAACAACUGAUUAUGUAUAAUCUAUUCAAUUGUUAAAUAUAAAAUGAAACAUUUGAAUUCUAA